CAGUGGCGCGGCGGGCCGCGCCGCUCCCUCCCUCCCUCCUGGCGGCCGGGGCGCCACUGACAGACCGCGGAGCGGAGCGGUGCUGAGCGGCGAGAGCCUCCGGGACGCCCCCCCUUCCCCUUCCCCGGACCCCCUUCCUCCGCGUCCCGCCCCGCCGCACCGGUGAAUGGGAGAGGCGGGCGGCGCCGGCCCCACAGAGCAGAGCGAAGCGGCGGCUCGGAUGGAUUGAAUCUUCUGUGUUGAAUGCCUCCGGAUUUCCUAUUGGAUUUCACGUGUGAAAAAUACUUUGAUUCAAGCCACUCUGUGGCAGACUGAAUUGUGGAUCCAGGGUUCCUAAGACUUUAGUUCUUGAGGAGGCAACCACUGCUGAAUCACGUUAACCUGACAUCGCAGCCACAAUGGUGCUGUCACAAAGGCAACGAGACGAACUAAAUCGAGCAAUAGCAGAUUACCUUCGUUCUAAUGGCUAUGAAGAGGCAUAUUCGGUUUUUAAAAAGGAAGCUGAGUUAGAUGUGAAUGAAGAGUUAGAUAAGAAGUAUGCUGGUCUUCUGGAAAAAAAAUGGACAUCUGUUAUAAGAUUACAAAAGAAGGUAAUGGAAUUAGAAUCGAAGCUGAAUGAAGCUAAGGAAGAAUUUACAUCAGGUGGACCUCUUGGUCAGAAACGAGACCCUAAAGAGUGGAUUCCUCGUCCUCCAGAGAAGUAUGCAUUGAGUGGACAUAGGAGUCCUGUCACUCGAGUGAUUUUCCAUCCAGUUUUCAGUGUUAUGGUCUCUGCUUCAGAGGAUGCCACAAUAAAGGUGUGGGAUUAUGAGACGGGAGACUUUGAACGAACCCUUAAGGGGCAUACAGACUCUGUGCAAGAUAUUUCCUUUGACCACACUGGCAAACUAUUGGCCUCCUGUUCUGCUGAUAUGACCAUUAAGCUAUGGGAUUUCCAGGGCUUUGAAUGCAUCAGAACUAUGCAUGGUCAUGAUCAUAAUGUUUCUUCAGUAGCCAUCAUGCCCAAUGGAGAUCAUAUAGUUUCUGCCUCAAGGGAUAAAACUAUCAAAAUGUGGGAAGUCCAAACAGGUUACUGCGUGAAGACUUUCACGGGUCACAGAGAAUGGGUGCGCAUGGUGCGGCCUAACCAGGAUGGCACCUUAAUUGCCAGUUGUUCUAAUGACCAGACAGUGCGUGUUUGGGUGGUAGCAACAAAGGAAUGCAAAGCUGAGCUCCGAGAACAUGAGCACGUGGUAGAAUGCAUUUCCUGGGCUCCUGAGAGCUCGUACUCCACCAUAUCAGAAGCUACGGGAUCAGAGACUAAGAAGAGUGGCAAGCCUGGGCCUUUUCUGCUGUCUGGAUCCAGAGACAAAACCAUUAAGAUGUGGGACAUUAGCACUGGCAUGUGCCUUAUGACACUUGUGGGCCAUGAUAACUGGGUACGUGGCGUUCUGUUCCAUUCUGGGGGAAAAUUUAUUUUGAGCUGUGCUGAUGACAAGACUCUACGUGUCUGGGACUUCAAGAACAAACGAUGCAUGAAAACCCUCAAUGCGCACGAACACUUUGUUACCUCUUUGGAUUUCCACAAGACGGCACCGUAUGUGGUUACUGGAAGUGUAGAUCAAACAGUAAAAGUGUGGGAGUGCCGUUGAUUGAAUUCACAUUUGACCCCUUUUUCCUCUGGAUGCACUCAGAUACCAUGGUUACCCAUUGAGCUCUGUUUAAAUAAAUAUUGUCCUUUCAUGUAAAUUAUUCUGGAUGUAGAUUGAGCUUAUUAAAUGUUACACACAAAGUAUUCAUGCAUGGUGAAUCCAAAUUGUAUACUGUAAAUUUACAUACGUUGUCUAGAAGUACCAUAGGUUUAAGAACAUGGGCUGGCAUUGGUCACAUCAGACCUAAGAAGGCAGAAGUUGGAUAAUUGAAAUAGGGCACUUAACUGAAUAGUUGACAGUGUCGUUCUAUGUCGGAUAAUUAUACCUGUUUUUCUUUCUGCUGUCUGUUGGUGCCUGAAUUGGUGACCUCAUUUGGGAAAAGUUUUGUAGGGCUCUUUCAGAAAUGUGUAUCUAUGUAACAUCACUUAAGUGUGCUUAAUAAAUCUUCUCUAAGAAUACUAGAUAAUAAGGCUGCAAUUCAGAAUCUUCUGAACCUUAUAUGUAAUUAAUGGAAAUUAAUUAAACUCUGGAAUAUUUGUCAUGAAACAUUUGCCAAAUCAACAGAAUACACUUGUUUUGGCCUCCUAUCACGCAAGGGUUGGUAUAUUUAUAUAAUUAACUGUAAACCUGAAAUAAGACAACAAAUCUUAGUAGCAGCUGAUGUGAUAAAUGUAUUUAUUUUUUAUUUGGUCAUUCAAUGGUUAAGCUGUGCUGUUAAACUAAGUUUAAAUGGUUUUGUUUUGGUUUUUUUUUUUUUUUUUUUUUUAAUGCUAGAUGAACUUCCAGGAGGAGUUGUCCAUCCCACUAGAAUUUAGUGAUCUAAUUUCCAAUAGAGCUUAAUCUCCCAAAUGACUGCCAUGGUACAACUUGCUGUUUGCUUUCAAUGUUUGUUAGAGAUGUGCAAUUCCUAUUACACAACAGUAUCAAAGUACACUUCCCUCUUACUCGCUUGCAGGAGGUUGGGGUAUACAAAGGUUUCUUGGUUUCUUUAGUGCCUCCUUGGAAACCCUUUUGAAAAUGAGGUUAUACUUACCUUGACAAGACAAUGUGGCUUGAAUAAAAAUGUACUGUGGUUUGCAUAUUGAAAAAUACCUUGGGAUACAGUAUUUAAAUGCUUUAAAGAAAGCACUAAAUACCUUGAGAAUCAGAUUAAAAUGGCAAAUACAGAUUGAUACGGGCUUCUAAAAGGAAAACAAAACACCAUCAACAAAACAAAGUCCAUCUGUGGGAAUGAUGCUAUCAAGUAAACAUUUAAAAACAAAACCAAAUCCUAUCAGCAAAACUAGCCCAGCUUGGUUAUUAGUAUUUAUGUUGUUUGGUGUAUACAAUUUUUAAUCUGCAUAUCCCUAACGUUACAUAUUUCGAUCUGAAGUGAAUGGAAAUAUUAGAAAUGAAUAUUUUAAUCAUUUUUAUGACAAAUUCCAUUGUAGAUAACUAAGAAUUACAAUACUUAUCAAACUAACCAGGUCUUUUUAAAAACCCACUUUGAAAUUUACAAUGUAAUGAAGUACCAGUCUGAUGUUUUAACAGGUGAAUUUGUGCUUUAUUUUAUUUGUUUUGUUUAAUACAUGGCUUUUAAAACUGUCCCUUUUAAAGAUAAGAAUCCUUGACCAACAUAGGGUCGGCUGGAGGGUGUACACACUAAAAUGGUGAGGGGUAUGGUGGUUAAUUUCCUACAGUCACCCAUAGAAGGAUCCAUUCUUCUGUGUGGAGGAGAUGGAUUUCAGCAUUGGAUCCUGGUGUAGACUUGCCUCUGGGAAGGGGUGGAGGAGAUGGAGUUCUGAUGUGGGGGUUUUUUGGAGCCAGUUUAAGAUUCAGGCUAAUCUCUUAAAUCCAGUGGUUUAUGUAAUUUUCAGUGUGUGUUUCUGCAGUUAAGCAUGCACAAAUAAAAGUAUUUUUUUGUUUGUUAGCUGCUUGGACUGGAAAAAUUUGCUGCUUUUUGUCCUAUUUGAGAAUUCCAGAUACACAAGUAGUGCAUCUUAAAAUUCCUCAGUGCAUCUGCAACUGUAAAGUAACACAUCUGUUUAAUUCCUGAUAGGUCCUAUAAACUUUAUUUAAGUAUAAAGUAAACCACACUCAUGUACAUAAUUCAUAAACAUGAAUGAGAAAUUAAAGGUACCUAUUAAGUGGAAGUUGUCUACUGCAUUUUUUUCCCUUUAGCGUACAACUAUUUACAAGGACAAACAACUAACUGAAGUCAUGUAAGCAGCAUUUAAUUGCUUGUGUGAAACACUCUCCUAAGUACUUCUGCAAUGCAAUUUGCAACCUUCUCCUUUAAUAAGCAGUGAAUAAUCUCAGGGAUGGUCCUGAAUGGAUCAAAAGUUAAAGCCCUGUUUAGACAAAAAAGUGAAAGCCACAACACAGGAGUUGGGUUUGUGAGGGUUUCCUGCAGUGUCGCUCUGUGAUACUACACUGUGUUGAACUUUUUCCACUGUUUGCAAUGUUUUCUGUCAGCUAAUCCUGUGCCUUUCCUGUGAUAAUAAGUACAAUAAUGAGGUUACUGGUUUGGAUUACAAAACAAAUUUAUUAGAGGGUUUAAGAGGUUCACUGCUGCUUUGUCACUUUCCUUACUAAAAUUGGCAUCGCUUAAAAGUUAACUAUAUAUAGACUGUGUUACCAAAUAGACAAUACAGACUUUUUGGCUUAAAACCAGACAGACAUUCCAGUGCCACACUAAUGUAAUGUGCCCAGGAAGUCUUAGAUGCAUUCUAAAAAGUGCAACAUUUAUUGUGGUUUAGACAUAAUCUGGAAGUUGAUGUUUUAUAGCAUCUUGCACUUUAGAAGAUUAAAAAAACCGUCCUGCUUUUGUGUAUGGUGUGACCAAUGAUGUGCCCGGGGCACUAAUUAAAAAGAAAAAAAAAAUCUAGUUGCUAGCAAGUUGUCCAAGGGCUGUGGAGCACUGUAGUAUUUUGAAAGCUUUGGCUAUAGACUCACCAAGCCCAGUCUACUUAUACUGUCAGUACCCUGCUUCUCCUGUUUGCCUCCUCCUGUUUUUAUGUGAACUGCCUGAUAAUACCACUCUUAAAUAGCUUUUGACUCACGUGAAAGCUAUUUAAAAGAAAAAGAUUAUACUUUGUUUUUGUAGACAGUGGUGGCUUGAUAAUCCUUUUAAUGAUUUGAAUAUUAAAAAAAAAAAUACUGAGUUGAGUGAAGGAAAAACGCACUUAGAAUGAGUUAUUUGCUGUCCAGCUGUACAUAAAGUCCAGUGUAUUUAAAAAAGUCAAACCCAAGAAUCUUCUAGCAAGAAUGUGUGCAUAAAAUGGUAGGGAUAAACAUGUUAGGAGCGGGGAAGGUUGAGUUGGAUUUACAAGUCACAACUGGAUUUAACUGGCCUUUUUAUCUUUCCACUGUGUCAUGUAAGUAGCUGCUUUCUUGUCCUACCUAUCCCUCAGGCUUCCCCAAGUUCAUUCUGAAGAUAAGUUAGCAAAAUCUUCAAGUUUUAGAAGUUGAUCCUGACAUUGACAUGAAGGCAAACGUUGAAUUUUUUCAUAAGAACUAUGUUAGAGGUUGCAAUUGGAGAAAACAGUUCCCAGACUGUAGGAGUUAACUGAAGCUAUUGACACAAUUUAAAAAAAAAAAAAAAUCAGUAAAGGAAUGUAUAUAAUACUGCUCUGUGUUUUACAGUAAGAUUUGUUGCUCUCAGACUGUGUAAAACAAAAUUUAUUCAUGUUUUCUGCAUAUUAAAAAAAUCUUAUUGUACCAAUUGGUAAACUAUUAAAUGCAUAUAAAACUA